AUGGCUCAGCGCCCGCCGCCCGCCCGGCCCGGCCCCGGCCCCGACCCCGGCGCCGGGGGGCUCAUGGUCACCCACUGCCCCGCUCGGGAGGGCGUGGAUCCAGCCGCGCCCCCAUCCCCAUCCCUAUCCCCAUCCCGUCCCCUCCUGCCCCUAUCCCGGUCCCCGUCCCCAUCCCCCCGCCAUCCCCAUCUCCAUCCCGUCGCCAUCCCAUCCUAUCUUCAUCCCCAUCCCAUCCCCAUCCCCAUCCCGUCCCCCCGCCUCCGCCGCGGCCCUCCCACCGCGGCUCUGCCCGCCCUCCGCCGCGCCGGGCGCGGGAGCGGCGCUGCGCUGCGGCGGGGCCGGGGGCCGCCGUGCCGCGGCUGCGGGCCAUGCCGCCGCGCCGCCCGCCCGCCGCGCCGCCCCGCCGCCCGCCCGGCGACCGGCGAGGCAGCGCCCGGCGGCGGGCGGGAUAAUGCGGCUGCCCAGCCCGCAGGCACCGCCAGCGGGGCGCCCCCGCCGCCAUGUCCCCCCCCGGCCUCGGCGGCCGCCGCCAGCGAGGGAGGCAGCAGCACGCCGGUGCCUCCGGAGGAGGAGGCGGAGGGGGCCCGAGAGGAGCAGCGGCCGGUGAAGCAGUCUCUCAGCAAGUCCCUGUGCCGAGAGUCCCACUGGAAAUGCCUGCUGCUGUCUCUCCUCAUGUACGGCUGCAUGGGAGCUAUGACCUGGUGCCACGUCACCAAGGUGACCCGGCUGACCUUUGACAGCGCUUACAAGGGCAAGUCCAUGAUGUACCACGACAGCCCCUGUUCUAAUGGCUACGUCUACAUCCCCUUGGCCUUCCUGGUGAUGCUCUACGUGGUGUACCUGGUGGAGUGCUGGCACUGCUACACCCGCAACGAGCUGCAGUACAAGGUGGAUGUGGAGAGUGUGCAUGAGCGUGUGCAGCGGAUGCAGCAAGCGACUCCCUGCAUCUGGUGGAAGGCCAUCAGCUACCACUACGUCCGCAGGACCCGGCAGGUUACCCGCUACCGCAAUGGGGAUGCUUACACCACCACCCAAGUGUAUCAUGAGCGGGUCAACACUCAUGUGGCAGAGGCCGAGUUUGAUUAUUCCAAUUGUGGAGUUAAGGACAUCUCCAAGGACCUCAUUGACUUAGAGAGCUACCCGGCCACACGGCUCCGCUUCACCAAGUGUUUCAGCUUUGCCAACGUGGAGUCAGAGAACUCCUACCUGACCCAGCGGGCCCGCUUCUUCACGGAGAACGAGGGGCUAGAUGACUACAUGGAGGCCAGGGAGGGGAUGCACCUCAAAAACGUGGACUUCAAGGAAUACAUGGUGGCCUUUUCUGACCCAGACAACCUUCCUUGGUAUGUAUCCCACUAUGUCUUCUGGGUGGCGGCUCUGCUGACCCUAUCCUGGCCCCUGCGGGUGCUAAAUGAGUACCGCACCUCCUACGUCCAUUACCACGUGGAGAAACUCUUUGGGUUCGACUAUGUGGCGGUGACACCGGCUGAGGAGCGCUCCUUCUGCCGGAGGAUGCCCCGCGUCAACACGGUGGACAGCACUGAGCUGGAGUGGCACAUCCGAUCCAACCAGCAGCUGGUACCCAGCUACUCAGAAGCGGUCCUGAUGGACUUGGUGGGGCUCUCCGGCUGCACCAGCUACUCUGCUUGCCGGUAUGGGGGCUACCGGCAGAACUGCGAGCGGUGCCACAGGACUAUAAGCAGCUCCUCCAUCUUCUCCCGCAGUGCCCUGAGCAUCUGCAACGGCAGCCCCAGGAUCCCCUUCAGCAGCAGCCGCUUCUCCCUGGGCCGCCUGUACGGCUCACGGCGCAGCUGCCUCUGGCAAAGCCGAAGCGGGAGCCUGAAUGAGCAGAGCUGCCCCACCGAGCAGACCCGCCUCUCCAGCCAGGUGACUGUGGAGGAGGAAGACCCUCCUCCUUACCAGGAUGCCCUCUACUUCCCCAUCCUCAUCGUGCACCGCAACGAAGGCUGCCUGAACCAUGACCACCGUCACCUCCACCGCAAUGGGUCCUGUGUGGAGACCUCACUGUGAAAGCAGAGGGCGGUGAGAUGUCGUUGUCCGGUGCCUGGCCCGAGCCAGUGCAGGAUUUGGGGACAGCACAGGGGAGGCAAAUGGCCUAGGAGGACAUUAGGUUGGAGCGGACAUGGCAUCUCGCUCCGGCAGCCAGCAAAAGCUCCCCCUGCCAUGGCUCUGACCUCCUGGAGGGGUGAGUGCCAAUGCUCCCCCUGACACGGCACAGAACUCUAAACCGACCACCACAUGCAAAAAAAAAAAAAAAAAAGAAACAACCCAACCAAACCAAACCCCAAACCGUAAUUCAUGGCAUCAAGAUCCAAAGGGGGGAAUAAAAAGACAGGCCUGAUGCAGGGAGGGAGGUGCUUUGGCUCCCAGCCCUGGCUCCAGGCUGGCUCGUGCUCCGAGGAACCAGCAGCCACCAGAAAGCGCCCUGCUGCACCUCUGCCCACCCCGCUGCCCACGCUGGAGCAAGACCCCUUGCAGGGUGGAGGGGAGUGGGCCCCUUGGGAACGGCAUGUAACUGCCUGUGCCUAAAGGUCUGGGGCAUCCAGGCACGUGGAGCUGAGCGGCAGGUUAGAGCAAAGGCUGAAAGCCACGAAUCCAGCUCUUCCCCUUCCCCCCCAACCGUUCCCCACCCUCCCCGCUUUUUUUUUUUAGACCACGCUCCGACUGUUACUCUGUUCUCACUGCUGGGAAUGGCACCACCUCCAGAGGAUCCCAGGCUCGGCUCCUUAGGAAGCUUCAGCACACCAGUGACUCUGAGAGUCUGCAUCCCCUAGGUAAAGGGCUUUCUGUUUGGGAUUACAGCAGGCAGGCAGCACCAGGGAAGGGAUGAAUGUCCAAACCCAGAUGGAGUGGAGAUCUGUGGUACUGCUGAUCCACUUGCUGGAGGAGGGCUCAGCUGGAAAGAAAAAGUGGGAGACCCCCUGGCGAGCUGGGGAAGGGGGGAAGGAUGGCACUGGGACAGGCAUUGUGGUAAUAGGUGGGGUGUCAAGUGGCUGGGGUCUCCUCCUGCCUUUGAAGUGAGUCCUGGUCGGUUCAGACGAGCAUCGAGGAAGGCUCUGGUAGGUUCAGGUGCAGUUCACCUAUUGAUAAUAGAGCAGCAGGUUGGUGCAUGUCUGUAAGAGUGAAUUUUGCAUGCGAUCAGGCUGGGCUCUGGUUUCAGACUCUGAACUGCAGGCUCCUGGCAGCCUGGUUUUGGCAGAGAGCUCUGAGGGGCUGGGAGGGAGAAAUGCAAAAGCACGCUGGAGCAUCAGGAACCUGGGCUGAGGAAAUGAGGAGCAAAGGGAGUCCCUUUCUGUGGGGUCCCACUGUGGGUGCAGGACCCACAGGUGGGAGACAGGGAGGCAUCUGCCAUGAGGGAUGCUCUGCAGAACAGAGGCUGGGGAUAUGCUAGAGGGGAACCUGCUUAAAACCAAGCAGUUCGCACCACAGAGGUUUUUACAGAGGGGUGUCAGGCGGUGAGAAGUGAGGUGGCCUCUGUGUAGCCCAUUAGCCCCUGGGUUCCUCCACCUUGCUCUUGUCAGGGCAGGUUGGCCUGCUCUGAGCUUUGUGCUGCCCCUUCUAUCUCACUGGAAAGGGUCUUGGUGACAUUGGGCAAGGAGCCUUCGUGUCACUGAAGCUGCAUCAGUGGCUGCAGCAUGCAGGCAUCCAGCUUUUCCUUCUCCGUCAACACAUCCCUGGAUCUCAUGUGUCCCUGUUCUCAGAAAAGCCAUCUCCUUUUCGGUCAGCAGUUUGGGGGAGUGCAUGCCAAAUCAGCCAGCGGUUUCUCCAGACAGCACUGCCUCUUGGCCUCACCACUCUUCCCUUGUCAGCUGGGGCAAGCAAUGGCUGUGAGCAGCAGGUCUUGGGUGACCAGAGCAAGUCCGUUAGCACCUGGGCAUUUGAGCCUGGUGUCUGCCUCUGCAUCCAUUGCAGAAGGGCAAGACAUAACAGCAAACAGUGAGCCAUUGUAUUUAGCCCAGCCUGUCUUCCUCCUGCCAGCUGUUAAUUAAGGAUCUGUUUCUCUAGUCGUACUGCUGUGCUGUUUCUCCUCCCAGGUCUUGGGGAGGCUGCAAAUGCACCCUUCCACCACAUCAUUCCUCUUUUGAAAAUCUUCUCUUGCUGGCAAGCCUGGAGAGAUCAGUGCCUGUGGACAUUGUAAGGCUCUGUUGGCUUUGCCCCCAGAGCCAUCUGUUCUGCUUUUGUGCCUUGUGUGUCCUGGUCAGUGUCUCUUGCUCUUCCAGUCAGCUUGUCCUUCUGGAUUUCAAGUGCUAGACUCCACCAAACAACAGUGGUUUGAACAGAAAGUCCCUUGAAAUCUCACUCUGUUGUGAUUCUGUCUUGUCAUCUGCCCUUACUCUCACUACCAGACUAGAGAUUGGCUUAAGUAAGAGGGUCCCUUUGAGAAGCAUAAGGUCUCUGGUGUGUACACAUCUCUCUACAUUUUGUUCUCAUUAUUAUCAGCACAGAUUCAGACUGGGUGAAAGCAGCUACAGCCCCCUUGGCUGCCCUGGGAUUUCCUUGCUUAGUGGUGACAUUUGGCUUGCUGUGUGCUUGUGCUUCUCUCUCCAAGGGCCUAAUGUGAGUCAAGGCCAAUGCUGAGGGUCCUCGUGACUCUGGGGAGAUAAUGGUACGUGCUUGUAUGUCCCAGUGAAUCAGGAGACCUUCAGUCAGUGAAGCUGCAAUGGGUCAUUAGAGAGGAAUGUGGUCUGCUUGUCCUUCCCAACAUGUUCUCCUUGAAAUCUCUUACACAUUGUUUAAAUUAGGCUGUGAUGGCUCAUCUUUCCAUCUCUAGCCUCCAAGGUGCCUCGGACAGAUGGAUCUAUAUAAGAUUUGGCAGGCCUUUUAUCUCCCUGGGGCAAAGACAGUCCUCAGAAUAAGGACAGAUUAGUAGGGUCUCUGUGCCCCUGUCUUGGAGCACCUGCAGCAGAGUUCUGCUUUCAGGCGCUUUGUCCUUGGCUCUUUCUGGGUCUUUUGAUGAGAUUGCCUCCAUUUAUUCCUCUGGCCCCAUUUUCACCUGCAAAAUCGUAUUCUGGAGGUGGCCUGUCCAGGUGGACACGUGUAUCUUUGAGGCACAGCUGCUACUGUGGCCAGCAGCAUCCACGCAGAGUCCUCCUGCGGUUGAACACCUCUCCCAUGCACAUAUUGCCGGCUGCAGCCAGGUCCCAGAUGUUGUCCCAGUGCCAUGGUCUGUGGCCAUCCCAGACCCACAGCACCCUGAGAAAUGGGACCUCUAGCCAGUGCUUCCUGCUGCAUGCCGGGUUUUCUCGGAGAUCCCUUUCCUCAUAUGCUUGGUCCUGUUACCCCACUGCAGCUGGUGGGGCCGCCCCUCUGCGGUCCAGCCCUCUCCAUUCUUGCCAGGUUGGAGACCCUCCUGCCCUGUCUUAGGCUCAGGAAAGAGGGUUGGCACUCUUGGGCAUGUGAGAGUAGUAGGAGGGACAGGAGCUGCCUGGUGGCUUGGCACAGAAGUGGUGGAGCUGAAGAGAACAGGAUGAAACUGGGAUUAUGCUCCCUCUCCUCCCUGCCUGCAAUGGCAGGGCAGCAUGUCUAGCCAGGCAGGGAAGCUCACGGCAGACAACUGGGCUCUCCCUUCGUGGUCCUGGCAUGAGAUGCAGCUGGCAGAAAGGGUGUGCGUGUAUGGGUUUCCUCCUAAGUGUUGGUGAGGGACCCCCAUGCCCUGGGCAGCUGCUUUAAUUCUCUUUGUGGCUCAGGUUAUUAGCACAGAUGGCCAGCGUGGGUCUGUCCCUGUUCUGGUGGAGUGGUCCCAUCUCCCCAGCACACAGGCAUCCAUCCGCCACCAUUCCAGGCUGAGCAGCAGUCAGGCGUCUGCUCUUCCUGCAGACUUGUGUCUGCUCUCUGCCGUGUCUGUGUCGGCGAUGACGAUUCCUUUGGCAGCUCAUUCGAUGGCCCAGUCUGCUCCUCUCAUGAUAGCCUGCUCCCUUAUAUCUAACCUGAGUUCUCCCUGCUGUAUCUUAAUCCCAUUACUUCUCCUUCAUUGACUGGUGAGUCUAAUUGGCUCUGCUCCUUUUCCCCAUGGCCUGCCUGACACAAGCAGGCGUUAUCUGCUCUCUGCAGCCUUCCCUUCACCAAUCCUAGGGUCUUCAGUCCCCGAGGAUCUCACUGGGCAAACCCUGGCUUGUGUGGUGGUGCUGAAGUUUUCCGUGUGUCGCGAGUCUAUGUUUUCUGCUCUGAGCCCAGCCUGGGAAAGAGGAGAGGGCCAAAGGUGCGAGCCAUGCCUUGGUGUGUCAGGGUGGCUGUGUCCUUGUUUCUGGUGCAGAAGAUCUCUUCAAAGUGAGCGAAAUACGCAGAGCUGCUGGCCCCUUAUGCAAGGAAAGCAGGACAGCCUGCAUCACCCUCUGGGGAGGUGCAAGCCAGGUGCUUGUCAGUACGAGGGGGCAAUAACUAGAGGAUCUCCACAGUCAGGUGGCUUUGGUUGUUUCCAUACAUCGUUCACCCAUCGGUUCACCCACUGCAGCUUUCCAUGGGCCGAGAGUCAGGCCCAGCAUUGCACUUGGCAGCAGGCUUUCCUCGCAUACCAGGACGAGUGAGUUGGGAAUGCUGCCAGCUCCUCUUCCUGGCUCUUCCUGGUGCUGAUACCUCCCUAGAAGAGAGCUUAGUCCUUACUGCUGCAACGCUGGACAAUAAGUGUGGGCUGUCUGGUGUUUCCCAUUGCUGCCGGUAUACUUGCCAGGUACUUUAAAGUUCUCCAGCUUUCCUGAACUAGAGAAAGAGGGAGAAUGUGUGUGAGAAGCUCUGGAUUAGCUGAUCUUCAGGAUACAUCACCACCCAUUUAUCCAUCUUUGAGCACACGCUGGAAGCUUCCCAAAUGAUAGUGCUUAGCACUUUGCUUGUGCAGAACCCUGGUGACACCGGCCAGCCUGGUGAUGCUUCUUGAGCUCACUGUGUAUCAUGCAGACCACACCAAGGAGGCAGAUUUCAGAGAAGGCUUUUGGGUUGAGCAAUUGUAGGGGGCAUUCAUUAGGGCAGGGAGAGGGAACCUCAGUUUAUAGCCGAGGACACACUCCAGGCAACAAAUACUCAGGAUUAGUGCUGGGGAAGCUGCUGUUUUUCUGUUGUCAAGUGAGCACACAGCCCUCCACACCCCUCUCUUUAUGCUCUCCAUAAAAUGCACGUUAGAGACUCAUCCGGCCCCUGCCCUCUUUGUUGUCUCUUCACUCAAGAGGCUGCAGAGCUGUUUAGUGACUGAUGGAUGCCUAUGAGGAGGGGGCUGCAGGAAAAAGGUGUGUUAAGUGGAAGUUUAAGCAAGUGAGGUAGCAUCCAAUGUCAGUAAAACAGUGCCUGCUGAUUAGCCUGUGGGAAGAAUAAUGCUUUUAAGCUCUCCUUCCAGCCUUUCCAACCAUGGCUUCAGUGCUGCUGUCUAAUAUCACCAGGGCGCUGUGUUACUUUUAGCAGGGUACAACCUUGCUGCAGUGUGCUCCUACUCUGCUGCAGUAGCAGUAGGGCGUGGGUCUGAAACACACCACCACCACCAAGAAGUUGUGUUAGCAAAGAGCUGUAAGUCUCACUUUGUGAUAUGUGCUUCUAAUCAUGUUUCAUUCAUAUUCGGUGGUUAGAAUAAGGUCUAUAUGAAUAUGAUCUGGAUCCAGAUCAUCUCAGAAAUGGGACGUGGUUAAAGUGUUAGUCUGUUUGGUAAUGCUGCCUCCUGUGAUGCACGUGGGCCUAGAGUCUCCACUGAACCAGGUAUGUUUGGGGACCAAAGUUCAUAGGACCUGGGAGCCCAGUGGGGCCUUGGGGCUGAGCUGAGCCCACCUAGGACUUUUUUCCCUGUGGGCAUUCUGGAAAAAGGGGAAAGGGGCUUAGUCACAUUUCAUGUAGAAAUUAAUGGGCUAUGUUCAUUCCUACUGUAAUUUUAUUGAAGCCAGCGGUAAUAUACCAGUGUGAGCUUGGCUUAGCAACCCCUCAGAGCGAUCUGUCCCUGAGUCCAGACAAAUUGAUCUAUGACAGUGUUGCUUUGAUGCAUAGAGUUCAUGUUGGGUCUUGGCCAACAUGAAUUAAUGUUGAAUGUCUACUGUCUCUGCAAGCAGUGGGUUGAAUUGUUCUGCUCUACUGCCUCCAUCACAGCUGCUCCGCCAAGAGAAACGUUAUGCCCAUGGAUGCGAUCUUGCCAGCUCCCUCAAAAGCAAGCUAACAAAAAAAUUGACCUGCACCGCACUGGGAGAGGAGCCUUCUCCCACAGGACCGUAGCCUUUCCGCACACGAGGGAAGAGAGGUCGCAAGGACAGAACCGAACCUGCAAGACCUAUGGCCUCGUGGCUUCCCCUUCCUCCUUCCCUCCUCACCUCGUCUGUCUGUCUUGGGGGAGGGACAGUUUCUUUGUGGAGUUCAGCAAGCUCCUCUUCCUGCAGCUUAUAAACAGUCUCUUCUAACAAGUACACCAUCCACCUAUGCAACACUUCCAGAAGCUGCCAAGUUUUCAGGAGCCCAUUACGAUGUGCAGCGUGGCCACCCAGCACUGAGAAUAAGCACAGUGGCUGCUGGAAAGUUAAGUGAAGUGGGUUUUAUUCCUCCCCCACCCUCCCCGAGGAAGACUGUUUUUGUUGGGCCUUUUUGUUCGUUUGGUUUUUGUAAACUCCAUUUGGGGAAAUGAAGCUUGUGAGAAAUCGGUGCCCAUCCUGAACCCUCCCCAGGCCUUCGAACUUUGGGAAUGGAUGGAUCACCUACUGUGAUUAUAAUUUAGUGGAUUUUGUAGAGCGAAGUAACUUCACACACAGACACAUGAGAUUCUUUCACUCUCCAUCAGCACAAGCUGCUUCUGCGAUCUUAGCUACUCACAUUAGUGAAAGAAAAAGCCUAGCUAGAAUGUGGUGAGAUGACUUAGUAUUUUGUAUCAGUCCCAUGGUCCCAACGUCCAUUAGCAGCACUGUCAGCUGCCGUGCCAUGAAUUCGGACUUUGGAUGGCAGCCCGUGAACCAGUCAGGUUGAAAACGUUUGGAAAAACCGAAGCCCGAAUCUAUACUUGUCUCCAGAAGCAAGUGCAGAGAGAGGAUCAGCUGAGAGCAGACGUCACCUCCUGCUCAGCCCAGCCAGAAGCUGGUGGGCUCUGUGCUGCACCUGCCCCCCCAGGGAGAGCCGGUCCCCAGGGGCCGAGCAGCAGGGAAGAAGAGUCUGAUGAAGCAGCAUGCACAAGACCGCUCAGCCAGCCGGGGAAAAAGCGGUGAUGACUAGACCCCAAAAUAACAGGAUUUCACUUUGGAAAUGCCAACAGCUUUUUCAAACUGAAAUGAGGCUAAAAGGCUGUACCAGUUGUGGGAAGUGUUUCAGGUUGCUGUUCCUUGCUUAAAAAAAUUAAUAUUUGAUGGUGAGGUGGGUUUAAGCACUCCAGCCAGCUCUGUCAGAAAUGUGCAGUGCUGGUGGAGAUGAAAUACUCAAGGAAGACCGAGAUAGUGGCCCUGUGGCUUUGCAGUAGGGUAGGCUGGUCAGGAAAGGAGGCUGAAGCCUGAAGUCUUCCUCUGCCCUUGGAAUGUGACCUGGCCGUCCACCCAAGCCUGUGUGCGUGGCAGGGUGGCUUCUGCCUGCUCAGGUGCACGGCUGGGACCCGCACGGCCCUGCAGAGGCUUCGUGUGUUUGUGGCUUCGGUCCGGUGUCACCCAUCCGUCCUUGCGACAAGGGCUUUGCAGGGUGACAGAGCAUUGCUUGUUCCUUGUGAGAAGAAACUCCUGACCUAGUUUUUGUGAGGAGAUGGUGUGAAGUGUCACAUUUGCUGCAGCGAGUGGCAGGGAGCAGGGAUAAAAGCGUGGUGCAAGCUGUGUUUGAGAACAAGCUAAUCCCUUGCUGGCUGCCUGAGACGGGAUUGCUGCUGGAUCUGCUCCCUGGCCAACACUCUCCAGCUCUUCUCACUCUCCCCAAACCUGAUGUGCAAACUGUCAUUCCUCUGAGCUAGCCAAAGCACCUCACUCCCCUGAGCUCCUCUGAAGCUGUGCAUUUGCAUCAUUUUUAUCCUCUCCCUGCCGGGCACCGUGGGCCAGCUAUGAAACACCAGUGGAUGCGUGGUGGCCUCAGGCACGCUGGUGGCCAGACCUCGCCAUAACCUGCUGGCUCGCCUGCGCACAGCCUUCCAGCAAUGCUCCCUGCCCUGGCGUGCCUUGUGCUUGCUUGGUGGAGAGACAGCACAGCCUGCAGAGCAUUGCAGCACAUCCUGGCCUCACUUUUGCAUCACUUUAGGCUUUCCCAGAGAAUUUCACAGCACUUCUCUGAACCUUUGUAGGCAGGGUAAAUUCAACAGACCGCGGCUGGAAAACAGAUGGCCUUGACAUUUUGGUGGUCCUGAUCUCCAGAGCCUUGGUGAGAGGCAGGUCGGCUGUUGUGGCAGUGCGGGACCAGGGGACAGCGUCACAGUGAAAGCAGCGUGUCUGCUGGGGGAGCCUCUGACCAUGGGCUCUGCUUCUCCGCUGGGACCGAGGGCAGCUUUGCUGUGAGCUGAACAAGGUGCAGCUGAUGGCAGAGCUAGGUGCGGAGGGCAGAAGAGCGUGUGAACGCUCCACACGAUGUGGAGAGGAGAGGCUGUAUGAGAACAGCUGUAAAAGGCUUUGCAGAUGUGGUGGUUUUUACGGGAGACACAAGGCAGGAGGCCGCUGUGCUGGAGCAGCAGUGCUGCGAGGCAGGCAGGGCAGGAGGGAAAUGGAAGGAGCAGGGCAUUUGAUGGAGAAGCCCAGGAAAGAAAUGGGUUUUCGAAGCAGGCUGUGCGUGCCCUGGCUGAGGAGACGGGCAGGAGGUGUUUCCAAGCCGAGGCGCCCAGACCAAGCCUCGCUGCAUUGUCAGAGCAGCGAUGUUGCCUCCGAGCCCGGCACUGACAGCUUGAGCACGUGUCACCAAACCGCGAUGGCUAAUGCAGCCACAAGGUGUAAAUGUCACUAAUGAAUAAAUUGCCUUGUGCCUUGGAGAGGCUAAUCCAUCACAGCCGGGGACAGGGAUCUGACAGGCUUGGCUAUUUCAGGCAUAGCCUGUAGGGAGGAGGAACGCUUCAUUUCUGAGCUGUCCCCUCCACCUAGGGAAGCCGAUGCAGGACUUGGCUCCGCACCGCUCCCCAGCUUCCCAGCUGCCUGAGCUCAGGCUUCAUUCUUCCUCACUGCUACCGAAGGAAGAAGCAGGAGGGGGUCUUGGUUAGCCAAAAGUGCCCUGUCAGCAGGGCAAUGUGUGGGUCCCGGCUGGGGCUAGCUGGUGAGGGAGUUUGGAGGGAGGCUGCUGGUGCGGCGUAGGUGCUGAGAGGAUAAAGCGGUGGGUCCCCAGUGAUCAAAUCUUGCAUCGGUUGCCUGGGGUGCAGGGCUGUGGCCCGCACCCUGCGUGUUUCAGGCCGGUAGUACUUGGUGCCAUGUUUUACAAAUGUGCCAUGUACUACCCAGCUCAGUGUCCUAGUUUACCCGUGUAACCUGCCCCAGCCCAAGCCCUCACCUAAUCCAGAGACGGCUCUAUUGUGCUGUCAUGGGGUCAGUGCACAGGCCUCCCCGUUUUCUCCUGCUGUGGUUGAACCCCAGCCAGCAGCAAGCUGGCUGUGCAGAGGGCCACUAGGUACCCAGCAGGCAGGGACAGAAGCUCAGCGUGGACAAAUCCAGCUCCAUGGGAGCAAAGGGAGGCUGAACACAGCAACCAGUUCCAUGUACAGCCUCUGCCCACCCCCGUGGCAGCCUGCUCCUCCGCUCCGAGUCAGUGCUCGAAAUCAACCUGCCGUCCUGUUUACAACAUAUGCCAGCGUGACACCUUGCAAAUUGAUGCCUGGGUCGCUGUGAGCAGAAGCCGCCGGGCUUGGGAAACCAGCCACUGGCUCCUGCUGCCGCACACGCUGUGCUCAGCCCUGUGGAAGCAGGGCUGGCCAUCUGCUGCGGGAGGGAGCCAGCCGGGCGCCCCUGCUCCGGCCCGAUGGGGCACCCACUGGCGUAGUCCAAGUGCAAGUCCUUGUGUCAUUCCCCCUCCUUUACUUCCCGGCUACCCCGUGUCUCUCCCUGUCUCUCUGGCACAGACCCACAGGUGGGGGGAUGCUCCCAGCUUGGCUGGGAUCCCUCUGCUGCUGUGCUGCUCACGCUGCAUCAGUGGAUGGCAUCAGGAGGGAAGACCAGCUCCCAGGCAAGGCACCAGAGGUCGUUCCCACCUCCAGAUGGAGACCCACAGCUGACCCCCAUCCUCAAAGCCCCGCAGUACUCCUUGGGGAUGGAUCUUGUGGGAGAGCUAAGGGGUCCGUACUGGCCCUGCGCUGGCACGUGCCCUUCCCAGCAAGGCAGUCCCACACCACGCUAACAGGAGCUGAAGCUGACAAGUGACCCACCAACAAUGGGAGUGUUCACACUCAGACAACCUGCUGUUGCUGUCAGGGUUUUCAUUUUUACCAGCUUGUACGGCAUUUGAAAUAGUUUCAGCCCUUGCAGACUGGCAGAUAGGGGACUGUUCGUCUUGGGUGUGGGUGGGCGGUGCAGGCUGCUUGGUUUGGGCUUUGCUCUUUGGCCAGGAGAUUGAUGGGAGGGAAGGCAAAGGGUUCUCCAGGCGGCAGCUACCUGUCCAGGUGUUCCUGCAUGUGGCAGCCCAGGACGGGGUUUGGAGAGUGCUCAGGUGGUGUUAACAGCCUCGGCGAUUUGCAGGAAGAGGAGCUGUGAGUAUCCUGGAAAGCAAGUCAACGUUUGUUCUGGUGAUGAUAGGUUUUCCUAAGCCCUUUUCUUUCCACCCCUGUUCCUCACUGGCUCUGGCAGCCAAUUCCACCUCACACGUCUGCUAGCAUGUCUGAGGGAUCUCAUUGCUGCCCUCCCAGCACGAGCUUUCAUUGCACAACUGGCUGACCAGACACAGCCCUGUACUUGGCACUACAGGCAGGCUUGCCCAGGACCGGGCCACCCCCAUCAAGUCCGCACCCCACCCUCGCUGCUGAAGCUGUUCCUUCAUCAGCCUGAUGCCGAUCUGGGUCUUUUCUGCUGUUUCUGAACACGAGUUUUCAUCUCAUUCAGGUGUGUCAUUCAGUGGAAAUAUUUUGUAAAUGCAAAUAAAAAGAAAUAAAUCUAUUCAAUACCUCGGUCUCGAGGAUGGGAAACAAGGAGUGGGAGAUGCCUGUGUGGGGAGCUUUCACAGCUGCUGCCGCUGGUUGGGAUUUCUGGUGGACGUAGCCCCUGGAGCAUCCAUAAAUAGUUGGGAAGGGAGCUACACGGACCUGCGAGGGCUUGGGGCUGAGCCCUGUCAGCACCCCUCACACGGCCACCGCCGCCGGGGACAGCCUCACACUCCAUCCUUUCUGAUCUAUAAGGGCAUGACACGGCGCAGGUAAAGGUCCUGUUGGCUGGGGGCCGGCGGCACCGCGGGCAUCUGUAUCCAUCAGGCAGAGCAAGAAGCAGGUAAAUGGUGAACAAAUUAUUUUGUGAACACUGGGAAACAGUUUUUACUUUUCAACUCUGUCAAUAUGAUCUAGCUCUGUCUGUCUCUCUAUAUAUGUACAAACAGUAUAUCACAAUGUUGCCUUUUUUGUUGGAAAUAUCAAAGUACAAAGAUUGUAAACCAAAUCGGUGUAAUAAAAGUUUCAGAUGAUUCACUGA